CUUUCUACACCUGCUGCUGCUGCUGCUGCUGCUGUCCCUUCGGCCCUGACCCUCAGGUGAGGCUCAGCUUGUGCGCCAUGAGAUCGCUGCGGCUCCUCUUUGUCUUCCUAUUCCUCCAUCUGAGCUCCCCAAGUUCGGAGGUAGCCCCCUCAGCUCCGCCGCCUCCGGUGCCCUCGAAGCAGCACAACGCAGAGGGCAAGCUUGUCCCUGGAGCGACCUCCCCUCCAGAGACCCCUGCCCCGACCCCCCAGCAGUCAGAAUCACCAGAAGCCCCCCACUCGAUCCCCCCCAAAACUUCCCAGCCAGAAUCCUAUGAAAGCCCGGACCCUGCUACUCCUGGGGUCGUACUUCCAGAAUCCCUGAGGGUCUCUGCCUCAAUCCCUCCAGCACCUUCCCAGCCAGGAUCCUAUGCAACCGAGAGCCCUGGAGCCUCUGAGAUUUUACAGCCAGAACCCCACACUUCUGACUCCUCAGCUGUAGACGCAGAAUCCCAGGCCAGCCCCAGUCCUGACCUCUCCGAGACUCCCCGCUCUGAAUCUGUAGGGGCCUCCAACCUUCCUCUGAAAACUUCCUCCCCAGAACCUUCCAGCGCCUCACAGCAUGAGCCCUCAGAGACGGCUCGCCCAGUUCCUGGGAUGCCCAGCUCUGAACCCCCAGGACCAAUGCAAUCCGAAUCUCCUGUGACUUUUAUCCCUGACCCCCCAGAGACUCCCCAUCUGGAAUCCUCCCCCGUUGUUCAGUCUGAAGGCCCAGAAACAGCCCACUCAGAAUCCCCUGCCUUGCCCAGCCCUGCCCCUCCAGAAAUGUCCCACAUGGAAUCCUCCGCUCCUGCCAGGGCCAACUCCUCGGAAACCCCUUACUUAGAACCUUCCGUAACUUCCCACUCUGGUUUCCCCGAGACUCCCUACCAAGAAUCCAGUCAAUCAGAUCCCCAACCCUCGAAAGGCCCUCAGAACCUACUCCCUGCAGCUGCCCGCCUCCUGGAACCCCCAUCUCCCCCUGGUCCACCAGUUCGGGGCAGGCCUCUUCAGCGGCGCCGUGGGAGCGACACUGUGAAUACCAUCAUCGUAGUGGAGCGAGUUCAGGAGACCGGUGUGACCCUGGUGGGUAGGCCUCGCGGCGCGGGAGGCGGGGCUCUGUGCCUCUUUCUGGCAGGGGCCGGGCUCCUGCUAGGAGUUUUCCUGCUCCUUUGGUGUUUAUACCGCCGGGCCGCGCGUUCUAGACCCUUUGGACACCAUCGGCUGCCAGACGACAGCGAUGAACCAGCUCUCCACCUGGACGCCCCGAAGGAUCCUUAUGACUUCCACUUUUACGCCCCGGACGCGUGGGUUCCCUCCCAUAUCGCUACCAAGCAGCCACCUAGCACGCCCCCUCUGCCUCCCAAGCUGCCUCCGCCCCCGGGCCGGACUUCGUCGCCGCCGCGCCUGGAGCCGCUCUCCCCCGCGGCUCUGUCCAACAACUUCGUGUGA